AUGUUCGGAAUUGUUCAACCGGGCGAGGGAGAGGACGAUGAUUUAGUGUUCGAAGAUGCCUUAAACGCAGCGCCGCACAGGACCAAGGAAAAGCGAAGCCCCCAAUGGGGAUGGCCGUGGGAUGCUAUGAACGAGGGCUCGUCGAGGACGACCACGACGACCACGGCGCAAAAUCAUCAAGGCAGGUUCUCGGAUGACGAGGACUACGAUCUCGAGGGAUCGGGUCAUCAUGGAGAUUUGGAGGGAAGUGGGGACCUACCUGACAGCUUUACUCUAGGUCAGAUCCUCACCAUGUGGGAAAUUCAAUCCCUUGUCUCGGUGGAGAAGGGUAUUAACAGCGUAUGUUAA